AAGAAGAGGAAGGGGCCGAGGAGAAGGAGGCGCGCGUGUUUGAGUACCACGCGGAAAAGCCACACCAGGUGAGCGGGAGGGCCCUGUCGGUGGUGGAGGCCGGGAAGGGGCGCUAUGUUCGGCUGGUGGGCAAGGACAGGUGGUACAGGGUGGCCACGGACUUGGACGCACCGCUGAUGGAUCUGAACGGGGAUUUCAAGGACGACAGGGAGUUGAGCUCGGAGGAGCGGGACUCCGUGAGGCUGUUUGACGACUCCAACAGGACUGUGUCGAUCGGGGCUGUGUCGAUGCUGGCGCAAUGA